UCUUAGCUUCGGUUCGGGCGGCGGGAGGCAGGCCCCUCCGACCAUGGCGGGACGCGGAGGGGGCCGUGGCCACGGCCGGGGUCAACUCACCUUCAACGUGGAGGCCGUGGGCAUCGGGAAGGGGGAUGCCCUCCCGCCGUCGGCCCUGCAGCCCACCCCGCUCUAUCCCCCCCUGGAGUUGCGUCCGGUGCCCCUGACGCCCGGCGAGGAGGGCGAGUACGUCCUGGCGCUGAAGCAGGAGCUGCGGGGGGCCAUGCGCCACCUCCCUUACUUCGUCCGCCCGGCCGCCCCCAAAACAGAUGUGGAGCGCUACUCGGACAAGUACCAGAUGUCAGGGCCGAUGGACAACGCCAUCGACUGGAGUCCUGAUUGGCGGCGCCUUCCCCGGGAGCUGAAGAUCCGAGUGCGAAAGCUGCACAAGGAGCGAAGAGCCACCCUGCUCCCCAAAAGGCCCCCCAAGGUCCAAGUGGAGAAGGUAGAGAAAGAGGAAACGAUCCAGAAGCUGGAGACCUUGGAGAAGAAGGAGGAGGAGGGAUCAUCCGAAGAGGAAGAGAAAGAGGCAGAGGAGAAGGAAGAGGAAGAAGAGGAGGAGUACGACGAAGAGGAGCACGAGGAGGAGACGGAUUACAUCAUGUCGUACUUCGACAACGGCGAGGAUUUUGGGGGCGACAGCGACGACAACAUGGACGAGGCCAUUUAUUGAGGGGCUGCCCGGGGACGGGGAGGCCGCAGCCCCCCGCUCCAACCCCGACCACCCCCCCAAAAAACCCACCCGCUGCCCGUCUUGUCCAGAAGUUGGGGGGGACGCCCCCCCGGCCUGCAGGACGGAGAGAAAGCCUGGAGUCGGGGGCGGAUUUUAAAACCUUUUUGUACCCCGAGGACGGUAUGAGCAGAUUUUAAAAAAGAGAACGGACCCCUCUCCGCCCCCCAAGUCCCCGUCCCCCGCGGGUUCGGGGGCACGAGGAAUUUUGGAGGGGUGGCGGGGACGGGUUUCUUUUGAAAUAAAAAGAGUUGCCAUUUGGAACAACCGGC